AGGCUUUUCAAUGAUGCAUUUCAAAACUCCUGUACUUGAUUUUUGCAUUGUGUUUAGCUUCGUUGCUGUUGGUUUUGCUGAAUCUAUGUGUAAUUAUCCGUGGAUAAAAUUCAGUGGACAUUGCUAUAUGUUUGGGGUUGACAAAAAAACUUGGUUUGAAAGCAAAGUUGCAUGCAACACGAAAAACGCUUAUCUUGCUACAGUGGAAACACCCAAGGAAAAUGACUGGAUUAUUCAACAGCUCUUUGCUUUAAGCAAAGAAUCGUAUUUUUGGAUUGGCGGGAACACUUUAAGAAAAGUCGGUGAUUGGAUAUGGGAAUCCACCAAUGAAAAAAUCGGUUACACCUUCUUUCAUCCAACAGAACCCAAUGACCCAACAAAAGAAAGGUGUCUGUUUUAUUUUUUACAUGAUAAAAAGGCGUAUUAUUGGGGAGAUGGUGCAUGCCGCGGAAAACUAGGAUACAUUUGCGAAAAAAUAAAAUGAAACU